AAGCUUUGGACGUUAUAACCACAGCAACCAUGUCUGGUCGUGGCAAGGGUGGUAAAGGCCUGGGAAAAGGGGGCGCCAAGCGCCACCGCAAGGUUCUUCGCGACAACAUUCAGGGCAUCACUAAACCUGCCAUCCGGCGUUUGGCCCGGCGUGGCGGCGUCAAGCGCAUCUCCGGCCUCAUCUACGAGGAGACCCGCGGGGUGCUGAAGGUGUUCCUGGAGAACGUGAUCCGGGACGCCGUCACCUACACCGAGCACGCCAAGCGCAAGACCGUCACCGCUAUGGAUGUGGUCUACGCGCUCAAGCGCCAGGGACGCACGCUCUAUGGUUUUGGUGGCUGAGAGCACGUCAUCUGUCUUAUCUCUGCGUCACUUUUAAUAAAGGCCCUUUUUAGGGCCGCCCCACAAA